AUGGAGCGGCUUGCCCCCUGCCGUGUCAACUACCUCAAGUCGUUCCUCAAAUUCACCGAUGACGACGGUGCUGCCAUCAACAGUGCUAAACCUCUUAUCGCUCCCGCUCUCCCAGCAAUCCUCGACACCAUCUACACCAACCUAAUCGGCUUCGAUGUCACCGCCAAAGCCUUUGUACCACCUCAACCAGAGCAAGAGAAAGUCGAAGGCGCCGAAAAGACCACCGUCAACGACCUCUCACUCACCCACCCCAACGUCCUGCACCGCAAGGACUUCCUCAAGGCGUACCUCGUCAAGCUUGUGAGCAAUAGCGAUUGGUCCGACAGCAGCAAGUUCUGGGAAUACCUCGAUAAAGUCGGCGUCAUGCACACCGGCAAGCCUGGAUUCAAGCAUCGUGAGAAGCGGCCAGAGCUGCGCGUCGAAGUGAUGCAUAUGUCGUUGCUGUUGGGCUUCGUGGAGGAUAUCGUGCUCCAGGCAGUGAUGGGAGCCGAAGAGUUGGAUACUCAGACCAAGACGAACGUUAUCAGGGCUUUCAACAAGUUGCUCUGGAUUCAAAACGAUUUGUUCCAGAAACACUAUGUCACGAAGGCAGAGUAG